CGCGUCUAGAGAAAAAUGCCUUUGUACCAGAAGCCAAUGAGGUAUGGCCACACCGAAGGCCACACAGAUGUCUGCUUUAAUGACGCUGGAAGCUGCAUCAUAACUUGCGGUAGCGACGGAGACGUCAGGAUUUGGGAAGGUCUGGAUGACGACGACCCCAAGUCCAUUAACGUGGGAGAAAAGGCCUAUUCGUUUGCUCUGAUGAACGGAAGGUUGAUUACUGCAGUAUCGAACAACACCCUCCAGAUCCACACGUUCCCAGACGGCGUUCCAGAUGGCGUCCUGACCCGCUUCACCAUGAACGCAAACCACGUGACUUUCAAUGCCGACGGGACCAAAGUUGCUGCGGGAUCCAGUGACUUCUUGGUGAAGAUCGUGGAGGUGGCUGACAGCAGCCAGCAAAAGACAUUUCGAGGGCACGACGCACCUGUUCUAAGUGUCUCGUUUGAUCCACAGGGUGCUUUUCUGGCGUCAGCAAGCUGUGAUGGAUCUGUCAGAGUGUGGAAUAUUGCAGAGCAGAUCUGUGAGAAAAGCUGGCCGCUGCUGCAGAAGUGUAAUGACGUGGUCGAUGCAAAAUCAAUAUGUAGACUCGCCUGGCAGCCAAAAAAAGGAAAGUUUCUGGCCAUCCCGGUAGAGAAGGUGGUUAAGAUGUACAAGAGGGAGACGUGGAACCAUGAGUUUGAUCUGUCCGAUAACUUCAUCUCUCAGACUCUCAGUGUUGUAGCCUGGUCUCCCUGUGGACAGUUUGUGGCAGCAGGAAGUGUUGGCGGCUGUAUGAUCAUUUGGAAUGUGGAUACAAAGGAGUGUCUGGAGAGGGUCAAGCAUGAAAAAAGUUACACCAUCUGUGGGCUGGCCUGGCACCCCGGAGGCAGUCAAGUCGCUUACACAGACACGGAAGGCAAUCUGGGUCUGCUGGAGAAUGUCUGCAGUGCGGAUGGAAAGCCGUCAAAUGCCAAGGUAUCCGAUCCUGCGUCCAAAGACUAUGACGAUCUUUUUGAUGGAGAUGACAGCGAGGACUUCCUCAACAGGGACUUCGUUGAACCCCAGUCGUCCCCAAAGGCAGAAACAAAUUAUGACGAUGAGGAGGACGACCUGACAGUAACAUCGGGAAGGCCCAGGAACCGUGGGGCCAUAAUUGAGGAUGACGAGAACUCCAUAGAUCUUGGCUUGCUGAAGGCUGAGUCUGCUCCAAAUAAGCCGGACGAAGAGGAUGACCGGGAAAGCCUGUCUCUUGUCCUGCCGCAGCCUUCUACCCAGAGACCUUUCUAUGAUGGGCCAAUGCCAACGUCUCGGCAGAAACCGUUCCAGUCGGGCUCCACCCCAGUGCAUCUCACGCAUCGUUUCAUGGUGUGGAACUCUGUUGGUAUCAUUCGCUGCUAUAACGACGAGCAAGACAACGCUAUAGAGGUGGAAUUCCACGACGCUGCUGUACACCACGCGAUGCACUUGCCAAAUUCUUUGAGCCACACCAUGGCAGACCUUUCCAUUGAAGCCGUUUUAUUAGCCUGCGAGAGCACCGAAGAGCUGGCGAGCAAACUUCACUGCAUCCAUUUCAACUCCUGGGAUUCCAACAAGGAAUGGACGGUCGACAUGCUGCAGGACGAAGACAUCCAAGCAGUCUGUUUGGGCCAAGGCUGGGCUGCGUGUGCCACCAGCGCGCUCCUCAUCCGCGUGUUCACAGUGGGGGGAGUUCAGAAAGAGAUCUUCAGCCUCCCUGGUCCGGUGGUGUCCAUGGCAGGACAUGGAGAACAGCUGUUGGUGGUCUUUCACAGAGGUACCGGCUUUGAUGGAGACCAGUGUCUUGGAGUUCAGCUGGUAGAGCUUGGAAAAAAGAAGAGACAGAUUUUGCAUGGUGUCCCGCUUCCCCUUUCCUGGAAGUCGUAUCUAACAUGGGUAGGAUUUUCAGCAGAAGGUACCCCAUCUUACGCGGAUUCGGAAGGCAUCGUGCGCAUGCUGAACAGAGGGCUUGACAAUACUUGGACUCCGGUCUGCAACACGAGGGAGCACUCUAAAGGGAAGUCGGACCACUGCUGGAUUGUCGGCAUCCAUGAAAGGCCGCAGCAACUGAGAUGCAUCCCUUGCAAAGGAGCACGCUUCCCCCCAACGCUUCCCCGCCCUGCAGUCGCUGUGUUGCCCUUCAAACUUCCUUUUUGCCAGGCUGCAACCGACAAGGGACAGAUGGAGGAGCAAUUCUGGCGUUCUGUCCUGUUCCACAACUACCUGGAGUAUUUAUCCCGAAAUGGAUACGAAUGUGAUGAAAGCGAGAAAGGCCAGGCCGUCCAGGAGCAGCAGAAUCUCUUGAUGAAAAUGUUUGCGCUUUCCUGCACGCUGGAACGUGAAUUCCGCUGCAUGGAGCUGGCGGAGCUGAUGACGCAGAACGCCGUGAGUUUGGCCAUCAAGUACGCCUCGCGCUCUCGGAAGCUGAACCUCGCCCAGAAGCUGAGCGAGCUGGCGGCAGAGAAAUCGGCUGAGCUGGCAGCUGCCGACGAACUUGGCAAGGAGGAAGAGGAGGAGGAUUUCAGAAGCGACCUGAAUGCUGGUUACAGCAACACUCCCACAGAAUGGAGUCAGAGCAAAGCCAAAAGCCUCCAGCGCCAACAAAGCACGGAAGCCAGUUCAGAAGUGGAGGAGGACGAAGAAGACGUCUCCGAAGAGGCAAAACCGAGUGAGACACGCACACUCAUACAAGGUUCCCCCGCGCAGUGCAGAAAUUCAACCACACCCAAGCCCGCUGUAAUCGUAUCCAGCAGUCAAGGACGAGUCAAUCCGUUCAAGGUGUCCAGCAGCCAAAAGGAUCCCAUCGCUCACUCGACGAACAUCUUAGACAACAUGAGCAAACUGCCGAAGAAAAAUCCCACGUCGGUCAGACGGACGGUUCCUAGCAAGGAAAAGGGACCAGUGAUAAAACCGCUGGUUCCCAAGCCCAAGUCGAGACAGGCUGCAGCAGCUGCGUUUUUCCAACCCCGAAGCUCUGAGAAGAAAACCACAGAAGAGAAAGCAGAAAAAACUGAAGCUGUGCCAACUGAGACCCAAGCUCCAACUGAGGAUGGUGAAAAUAGAAGGCCGAAGACCGGAUUCCAGAUGUGGCUGGAGGAGAACAGAAGCCUCAUUUUGGCAGAUAAUCCUAAUUUUGAAGAAAGCGAGAUCAUACGAGAAGGCAUGGGUCGAUUCAGAACGCUGUCUCCCGAAGAAAGGAUGGCUUGGACUGAGAGAGCCAAAGGAAGAGAAUCUGGCGAUUCAGGCGAAAGGAAAAAGAGGAAGCACCCGGAAGGUGUUAACAGCGAUGGCCAAGAAAGCCCGGAACAAGAAUCGAAAGAGAACAACAACUCGGCCAAAAAACCGAAACCCGCUGGCCAGGUGGGGUGCCUGAAGCUUUCAGCCUUUGUCUUCAAGCAGACCUAACCGGACUGUUGUCGUCUGAAAGGGCUCCUGUCGUGUGAACAGGCCAGCCAGCAGGUAACCAUGAGGGAGGGGUGAUUUUGUGCCAAGCGUCCCAGCAAAGAAGCUCUUUCUGGAAAGAGCACUACAUAUUUAGAUGGCCGUAGAUGACUCUGUAUCUGUCUUGAGUUAGUUGUACAUUCAGUUUGCCGUUGGGUUGUUGUUGUUUUAGAAGGGUUACCACUUCGUGCUGUGCCACUCGGGGAGUUCAGCCGCAACAGGUCUGUAUCUAUGAGUCAAAGACCCAAACGUCACUCUGCUGGGAGUUUUCCAGUAGCUCAACCCUCUUUGGAUGCUCCAUGACAGUGAUGCAAAGGAGGCAGGAUUAAGGAAGAAAGGGGACCGUGGCUUUGACUGACAGGCCUGUGCCAGGGGGCGUAAAAAUGCUCUUCUGACCCUCGAGCUGCACUUUGCGCCGUGGGAACCGAAGCGGUCCCUUUCCAGAGGCGCUUCUUGCGUUGCUUCUAAAGGCAGAGUCCCUGUUUGUUGGAGUUUGUAGUUUCCCUCCCCCCCCCCCCCUUGUCCUUCUGCGUGUGCCGAUCAGUGAGCGGAGUGAGCAAUCGAGAAGGAUUCGUUCAGCUCUGCGCCUGGUUUGUGCCACCUAACCCCGGCCCUAUACAGGAGAAGAAUAUGGCAGGGGCGGCCAAGGGUAGCUCUCCAGAUGUGUGUUUGUUUUUUUUUGCCUACCACUCCCAUCAGUCCCAGCCAGCAUGGCCAAUGGCUGGGGCUGAUGGGAGUUGUAGGCCAAAAAACAUCUGGAGAGCUACCGUUGGCCACCCCUGGAAUAUGGGAAAGAAGCCGUCUCCCGCGGUACAGGGCGGUGUCAUGAGACAUGUCUGUGUGCUGUGUCCUGGGCUACAGCUGAUUGAACAGCUUUCCUUCCUCAAUCUUGGAAUGUUUGUAUUUUUAUAUUUGCCUUGUAACUAAAUAAACAAGUUUUUUUGUUUGUUUUCU